AUGGCUGGAACUAUGGAGGAGCAUGUUGCCAUGGAUGUAGACGACCAUCCGAUGGAGGGUGUUGAGGGGACAAACGGCCUCGGGGGCAAGGACGACAAUCGUGCAGAUGAGGAUGACGACAACACUGCGUCGGACUCGGGCGGUUCUGAAGACUACAGCGACGCGGAGCCGGAUGAAUUUGCGCUGGACCAGCUUCGUCGCCGUGGCCUGCUCCCCACCGGCUGCUGCUACGAUGACCGGAUGAAGCUGCACAUGAACGCCGACUUCAGCCCCAACACACACCAUCCGGAGGAUCCUCGACGCAUCCACGAAAUCUUCAAAGCGUUCAAGAAGAUGGGCCUUGUGUAUACUGGACCCGAGUCGGAGCUACCUCGCAUCAUCAAGGAAUGCCCGACAAAGUUCAUGUGGAGAAUUCCAGCUCGUGCCGCCACGCGAGAGGAAAUCUGCCUAGCCCACUCCGCGGAUCAUCUGGCAUGGGUUGAGAACCUCGAUACGGUCAGCACGUCGGAGCUUCGUGAGCUCACCAAGCGAUACGAUCAGGGCCGGGAAUCGCUAUACGUUGGCAGUAUGUCGCACUCCGCGGCCCUGCUCUCCGCCGGCGGCGCAAUCGACACCUGUAAAAACGUCGUCAAGGGCCAGGUCAAGAACGCCUUCGCUGUGAUCCGGCCGCCGGGGCAUCACGCGGAAUGGGACGCGCCGAUGGGUUUCUGCUUCUUCAACAACGUUCCUGUGGCUGUCCGCGUUUGCCAGCAGGACUACCCUGACGUCUGUCGAAAGGUCCUUAUCCUGGAUUGGGACGUGCACCACGGCAAUGGCAUCCAGAACAUCUUCUACCAGGACCCGAACGUUCUCUACAUUUCCAUCCACGUGUACCAGAAUGGCCACUUUUAUCCUGGGAAGCCACCGAACCCCAUGACCCCUGACGGCGGCAUAGAAAACUGCGGUACGGGGCCCGGCCUGGGGAAGAAUAUCAACAUUGGCUGGCAUGAUCAGGGUAUGGGUGAUGGUGAAUACAUGGCGGCUUUCCAAAAGAUCGUCAUGCCCAUUGCUCAAGAGUUUAACCCCGACCUCGUGGUCAUCUCUGCCGGGUUUGACGCUGCGGAUGGUGAUGAGCUUGGAGGCUGCUUCGUCACGCCGGCCUGCUACGCCCAUAUGACGCAUAUGCUCAUGUCUCUUGCGGAUGGAAAGGUGGCAGUCUGUCUCGAAGGUGGCUACAACCUUGCGGCGAUUUCCAACUCGUCGGUGGCUGUCGCAAGAACUUUGAUGGGGGAGCCGCCGCCAAAGAUGGUCAUCCCGAGCAUCAACAAGGAAGCUGCCAGAAUCCUUGCCAAGGUGCAGGCGCACCAGGCACCAUACUGGCAGUGCAUGCGCCCUGGCGUCGUCAACGUACCAGAGGUACAAUCCCUCAACGCCAGCAGGCUGCACGACGUCAUCAGGAACGCCCAACGACAGGUGCUUCUGGAGAAGCACAACAUGAUACCUCUGUAUGUUCAGCGGGAGCAGCUGUACAGAUCAUUCGAAAACCAGGUACUCGUUACGCCAGACCUUCAAGAUGCGAAGAGGAUAUUGGUUAUUAUCCACGACCCUCCUCAGCUUCUCGCUCAACCGGACGCGGUGGACUCGUCUCUGGAGCCCCAUAACGCUUGGGUGGUGGACGGCGUCACACAGUACAUUGACUGGGCAGUCAGCAAAAGCUUUGGUGUCAUGGACAUCAAUGUGCCAGCAUACGUCACACAUGAAGAGGACGCCGAAUCAUACGAAGCUCGAUUCACGGAGAAAGUCCUUCAGGAUCAGAUACAGCAAUUGAUGUGCUAUCUGUGGGAUAACUUUAUUGGGCUUUACGAUGCAGACGAGAUAUUCCUGCUCGGAGUCGGCAAUGCGUACCUUGGAGUAAAGGUGCUUCUGAUAAAUCGAGAUUGCAAAAGUAGAAUCUCAGGCAUCGUCAAUUUCGCUACAGGCAACCUCCGCCCCGUCAAGUCCGACAUCGACGCCGACCUGUCGUCGUGGUACAAGGAGAACUCGAGGGUGUACGUGGCAGGGGAUCACGCCUGCUGGACAGAUCACGAUCUGACGAAGAAGGUGCACAAGAGACGUUUUGGUACCGUCGUGCGCAGUCGGAUGGUCGGGUUGAAUAAGAUGAUGCAAGAACAUGCCGAAGAGGCGCAGGACUGGAUCAUGUCAAGGGUGACCCCCUUCAGCGGCGGUGACACGACCGAAGACGAAGACAGGCCGCCGUCAUGA